AUGAGUGUGGAAGAACCACCUGGAGAGCAGUAUUCAAGCAGCGUUGGUGUCGAUGAGAACGGAGACGUUGUGUAUCAUCACAGCGGAGGUGUGCAAAUGUUUGCCCAGGAACCCCAAUUCAUCAGAAUGGAGGAUGGUCGCGUUGUUCAAAUGAUUGAACAUGAGUCUGGACAAGAAGUACAGUAUGAAGAGGUACCAGAUAUACAGGUCCGAGAAGAAGCGAAAAAAGUUGUGCUUGGACCUCCUGUUAAAUGGAAAAAAGUGGUGAAUUCUUCAGGCCCAUCUCCACGCCCGCGUCAUGGACAUCGGGCUGUUGCUAUAAAAGAUCUAAUGAUAGUUUUUGGCGGUGGAAAUGAAGGCAUUGUAGAUGAACUUCAUGUUUAUAAUACAACAACAAAGCAGUGGUUUGUUCCCUCCGUAAGAGGCGAAGUUCCAAGUGGCUGUGCUGCUUAUGGCAUUGUUUGCAGUGGAACCCAUAUUUACAUGUUCGGCGGAAUGGUGGAAUAUGGAAGGUACACAAAUGAUCUCUAUGAGUUGCAAGCGUCUCGAUGGGAGUGGCGGAAGCUGCGACCUCGUCCACCCAGAAGUGGUGGUUCCGGCCCAUGUCCACGUCUUGGCCAUUCUUUUUCACUCGCUAGCAAUCAGAUCUGCUAUUUAUUCGGUGGCCUUGCGAACCAAUCUUCCGAUCCAAAACAAAAUAGUCCAGUCUAUCUCGAUGAUUUGUUCACAAUUGACAUCCGUGGUCCGGUGGGGUCAUUGCAGUGGGAACAGCCAGUGACAUAUGGACCCCAUCCACCUCCACGUGAAUCGCAUUCGGCUAUAGUGUUCGAAGCGAACAACGGACGUCAGUUAAUUAUAUACGGCGGAAUGAACGGAUGUCGACUCAAUGAUCUAUGGAUUCUUCACCUGGAUACCCUGACAUGGGAUAAUCCUAUGACUGGAGGAAUUACACCUCUUCCACGUUCUUUACACACUGCUAAUCUGAUCGGACAUAGGAUGUACAUCUACGGUGGCUGGGUCCCAAUGGUUGACGAUGGCAACGAUGUUGAAGUAAAAGAGUGGAAGUGCACGAAUGACUUAUCUUGUCUAAAUCUAGACACUCUGAUAUGGGAGAGCACGUCUCAUAUAUUUGACGUAGAAAACUUACCUCGUGCGAGGGCUGGACACUGUUCGGUUGUCAUCAACAGUCGGAUUUACAUAUGGUCAGGAAGAGAUGGUUACCGAAAGGCUUGGAAUAAUCAGGUUUGCUGCAAGGAUAUGUGGUAUUUGGAGACGGCAGUUCCAGCUACACCCUCCAGAGUUCAGUUAGUAAGAGCAAGUGUUGCAGGACUCGAGGUUUCUUGGGGUUCCCUUCCAACUGCGGAAGCAUACUUGCUGCAAUUGCAUAAGUACGAUGCCAGUAUUGCCGCUCACAAAAUCAUUGAGGAUGAUGCUUCGAGACAUUUGAAUUCGCUCGGUAAAUCUCCUUCGAUGACUGGACAAAAGAUGUUGGUUCCACGAGGACCGACAGCAGGAAACGUUAUGAAGCUGGUUCGAGGCACAGGAACGGGUCAACAAAUUCUGAGGGUUGUGAGGCCGUUGUCGAGUGUGGCCGGAACCACAACUAUGUCAUCUGUUGUAAAACCAGGGCCUGGUGCCAAAACGAUCUUCUUGUCAAAGGGUGGCGCACAGCAGAAAGUGAUGUACGUGCAAGGUAGUGUUCCGGUUGUUCCAUCUUCUGUAGUGUUGUCGAGAGGUGGAGCUAUUAGUGCUGGAGCAGACCAACAAGGCUCGCUUUCAAUGGGGCCUCACCAGCAGCCUAGUAUUUCUACACAAGGGACAACAUACACUGCUCCUUCCAAUUCACGUCAAAAUGAUGAGGCCACUCUUCCGCAGAAUCUUUUUGACGAACUGCCAGCAGACGAGCAAUCUCCUCCCUCUCCUCCUAAGCAGAGAGAUGUGGAAAACGGGAAUGUUUCAACUCCUGUUUCGGUUCCUUCAACGCAUUCAGAACCACCGCAGUUUUCGGAACAUUUGGAGAGACCUGAAUCUCAGGAAGCUCCACAAGAUCCUCAAUGUUCUUUACAACCCACAACAUCAGAAGAUUCUCAUGCUAUGGUACCUUCUGAUCCGACACAAAACAUUGCAACCAAUAGUGAAGGACCUCGGCAGCCACACACGAGCGACACGCGAGAACCGCAGUUGCCCCCACAGGUAGAAACAAAUCCUGGUGUUAGUGAUCCCGAAACAAAGCCAUCGAUAGAAAGCCAACCAAGUAGUUCGCAACAGCAGGACGUGAAACAGUCAUCAUUUCCUGCCGAUCCUCCUGUGGUGAAUCAAGUGAAUCAAGCAGCACAAGUUCCAUCGUCGGAGACCACUUCUCAACGAGAACAAAUGGAUCCUCAUCCCCCUCAGAUGGCUCCGCAGCAAGUCUCUGUACCUGUAGAUCAAGGUUUUGCUCCUCGACUACAACGAGAGUCCACUGAACCGGCUACGGGUCAGCCUGUACCGGUGCAGCAAAAUGUGAAACCGUCUCCAGAGGAAGAACUCUGGUUUGACGUUGGGAUCAUCAAAGGAACAUCUUGUGUGGUCACCCACUAUUUCUUGCAUGGUGAACAGUCUUUGGAAAGCACAUAUGGAACUGACUUCGAUGUUGGAAUGCAUGCUGGCCAAGUGAAUUUUCUUCGAAAAGCAGAGCUCGAACCGGGGACUGCUUAUCGUUUCCGAGUAGCCGGUAUCAAUUCGAUAGGACGUGGGCCUUGGAGUGAAGUAUCAGCGUUUAAGACUUGCCUUCCUGGCUUCCCUGGGGCGCCUUCUUCAAUUAAGAUAACUAAAGGACAGGAUGGUGCUCAGCUUACUUGGGAACCUCCACAGAAUGUUGCAGGACGUAUUUCCGAAUACAGCGUCUACCUGGCUGUUCGCAAUACUUCCGGAGCAAGCGACAACCAGCUGGCUUUUAUGAGGGUAUAUGUUGGUGUCGAACCAGAAUGUGUCGUUAAUCAGUCCAACCUAGCUGCUGCAUACGUAGAUCAGUCUACGAAACCAGCCAUAAUCUUCAGAAUUGCUGCAAGAAAUGAAAAGGGUUAUGGACCAGCAACUCAGGUGCGGUGGCUACAAGAUCAAAAGCCUGUACUUUCGCAGUCGGUUGGUGCUCCCGGUGCAGCAGCUGCUCGUUAUCCUGUAGGUUAUUACUCGCAGGCGAAGCGUCAUCGCUUGGAUGGAGUUUGA